GGGUUGUUAUCCACUUAUCGAAUGCUGUGUUCACGAAUGUUCGGGGCAAACGGCUUCCUUGCAGAUUUUGUGAAGAGUGCAAGGAACUAUGGGUCAUUCAGUUCGAAGGUCAAGAAAUUCUCAUUCAUAAAUUUCAGUUCAAUUGGUUCAUCAUUUCUAUGGCAAUUCUCACGAUGUAGUGUCGCGAGGAUGCAUAGCGUUUUACAGUCAGGUCAUCUGCAGUGUCUUCUCAAUAGGCCUCUUCAGGUCUCGUCGUUGCGUCAGUGUGGAAACGGUAUUGUGGAUGAUGAAGAGGAAUGUGACUGUGGAACAAGAGAAGAAUGUUUCGAUCCGUGUUGUGAUCCGUUGACAUGCACACUUCGUGCACAUGCACAGUGCGCUGCACACCAGUCGUGCUGCCAUCGUUGUCAGUUUCGUCCAGCCGGUCAUAUUUGUCGUGCAUCGAAAUCAAUCUGCGAUGUGCCGGAAGUGUGCACUGGUGAUAAUGGUGAUUGUCCAUUGGACGGUUAUCUUAUUGAUGGUACAGUUUGUGGUAUUAACGGGCAAUGCUGGAAGGGAAACUGCUCGGAUAUUGAACAGCAGUGCAAAUUUUUGUGGGGAGAAGAUGCCUCAUCUGCUGAUGAGCAUUGUUUUGAGCGCAAUCAAUUAGGUGCUGAGUACGGUAACUGUGGUACUGAUCGUGAUGGUAAUCUGCGUAAAUGUGCGCUUGAGAAUAUCCGAUGUGGUUCGCUGCACUGCCGUGCUGGUAAACAAGCGCCAUUGGAUCAUCGUUUGAAUUCGUUCAAUUUGCAAUUCCUUCAUGAAGCGAAGCAAGUUCAGUGCAAGAUGGUGACGCAAUCCUCGUUCGGUAUGGUCGCAGAUGGUUCGAGUUGUGGCUCAGGAAAAGUCUGUGUUCAGUCAGUAUGCUUACCGUUAACACAAGUCUCUCCACCGGUUCAUUGUCCGAGCAACAACCUAGCCCUGCAGUGUUCGGGACAUGGAGAUUGCACCACAACACAACGUUGUCUUUGUUUUGAUGGAUGGGCAGGUAACGCUUGUGAUAUACGAUCGAAUACGUCACGCCGGAUAUCAAUGACCACUGCCACACCAAAUCAUCUUAUUAUACCUUCUCUUGCUGCUGGUCGCACAUUAAACACGACCACGUUACUCGCAAUUUUAUUACUCGUCGGUGUGGCACUUCUCAUACUUCUCAUAUGCUUGUUAUUCUGCUAUCGGAGGAGAAGCACCGCUGAAUUUCCAGAAGGACUUGCGGAUGAGAAGUUGAAUGAAAGUAUUCCCGAAAUUGCACAACGUUCCAUCAAAUUUGGUAAUAUGCCCAGUUACAGAGAGGAGAAGAGGAAACGUAAGAAGAACAAACGUGUUUACGAUGCGUUACAACGUAUCAAUGAAGCGAGUGAUGAACGCGAUACCGUAUCGCUGAAAUCACGAGAAUCUGGUAGUAUUGGACAUACGCCUGGCCCGGGUAGUGCAGUCGGAUCGGCCGUAAGCUAUUCGGAAUCACCUUAUGCAUCCAGGCAGCCAAUGCUCUCUACAAUGAUGAACGGUUCACCGGCAUCACUACUGAAGAAGGAACAUUCUGGAAGCAGACGUUUGUUUUCUGAAAGUGAACUAUACGGUGGCAGAACCGAAUGUUGUAGUGAUAUAAUUCAAUCACCUUCAAGAUGUUCUGUUAUCAAUAAUCAUCUCAAUGGUAUGCGAUAUGAUCGAGCGAGGAAUGGUUACAGUACUGAUUCAGAGAUCGGAUUAAAUCAUUAUUCCAGUCGAUACAUGGAUACAUUCGUUGGUGCUGAUUUGAGUCCAACACUGUCGCAAACGUCGCUGAAUCGAUUAGCUGCAACGCCUUUGAAGUUGAAUAAUAUUGGAAUGUUGUUGAAACAACUUCAGUAUAACGACGAUAUUACGAGUGAAGCAGAACUGAGCGCAGUUGAAGCGGAUCACAUGGAUCACGUUGACUUGGGUUCUAACACAGAAUCCACUCGAGGAUUCGAGAGUCAUGAUCCUCUUAAAUUCAGCCCAAAUGCUGACAGUAUACCAGAAAUAUAUGAGGCAACGACACAGUUAUCGACAUCGUGCGCAGUAUAUGAACAAGUUGCGAGGCAUUUGAAUGGAGCUGAGAACAGUAAUGGUGUUGGUAAUGAUACAGCGGUGUGUGUGAACUCUUUCGGUGCCGAUCCAAAAAAUAAUUUACAUAAGAUUAAAACUGACAAAGAGCAACCGAAUGGCGUACAGUCACCAAAAUCAACGCGAAGUGAAAAUGUUAUUACAAAUAGCGAAAACCCACUGCAGAAUGGAUCAUCUUCCGCCAAUAAACUUACAUCAAAUUCGAGGAAUAAUUCUCUUUUUAGUGAUACAUUUCGAUUGGAAGUUUAA